GCGGAGGCACAGGAGAGGCGAGCGGAAGCGGAGGGGGGAGAUGGCGGCCGGUGGCAGUGGCAAGCGGCAGGACAGGAGCGCAGCAGUAGCGAGCAGAAGGGAGAAGCGAGUGGAGAUGGCGGGCAGAGUCACAGGGGAGGCGAGCGGAAGCCGGGGGGGGAGAUGGCGGCCAGUGGCAAUGGCGGGCGGUAGGACAGGUGCAGAGCAGAAGCGAGCAGAAGAGGGAGGGGAGCCAAGCGGAAGCGGAGGGGGGGAAAUAUCGAGUGGAGGGGGAGGGGGCAAAUGGCAGGGCUGUGGAGGAGAAGGGUCGGCGGAGAGUGGCGAACAGGGCAGCAAGCAGAGGCGUGGGGAGAAUGGCAGGCGGGACGAGGAAAUGGCGGUCGGAGGCAGAGGGAGGAAAUGGCGGGGCAGCGGAGGAGAAGGGUCGGGGACAUGCAUAGGGGAGGCGAGCGGAGAUGGCGGGCGGAGGCACAGGGGAGGGGAGCGAAAGCGGAGGGAGGAGAUGGCAGCCGGAGGCAAUGGUGGGCGGCAGGACAGGAGCAGAGCAGAAGCGGGCGAAAGGGGAGGGGAGGCGAGCGGAGAUGGCAAGCGGAGGCACAGGGGAGGCGAGCGGAGAUGGCGAGCGGAGGCACAGGGGAGGCGAGCGGAAGCGGAGGGGGGAGAUGGCAGCCAGCGGCAAUGGCGGGCGGCAGGACAAGAGCGGAGUAGAAGCGAGCGGAAGGGGAGGGGAGGCGAGCGGAGAUGGCAGGUCGAGGGACAGGGGAGGCGAGUGGAAGCGGAGGGGGGAAAUGACGGCCAGUGGCAAUGGCAGGCGCCAGGACAGGAGCGGAGCAGAAGCGAGUGGAAGGGGAGGGGAGGCAAGAGGAAGCCAAGGGGGGAAAUAUAGGGAGGAGGGGGAGAGGGCAAAUGGCGGGGCAUCAAGCGGAAGC